UUUCAGCCGGCCUCUGUGCACCGACCUCUGUGCACCAGCUCAGGCUCAGCGCCUUGAGGCGGGUCCCAGUCACCCACACCUGCCCCCAGGGGCGGAGCGCGGCGGCGACAGCGCGGCCCCAGCCUCCGCCACCGGUAGCGCUAGCCCUGCUGCUUGCGGACCUGCCCCCCAUCCCCGCCCCCGUGCACCUCCACUCCGCGGUUCCUGCCCUCCCUUCCUCUCCACGCGGUCCGUCCGUCCCUCCGCCCGCCAGAGCCGCGGCGCCUCGCACUUCUGACUCUAGUCUCCGCUGCGCUCGCCGUUGCCGCCGAGAUCUGGAGCCCCGCGCCAUGGAGCCGGUCUCGGGCAGCGAGCGCCGCAGCCCCUCGGGCCCCGCAGUCCCGCCGCCUCCGCGGGGCCAUGCGCCCUUGGUUGCCGCCCCCAGCCCUGGCCAGCUAAGCAACCCAGCGCGCGAGCCGCCGCAACCCGAGGAGGAGCGACAGCCGCGAAUCAGCGAAAGCGGCCAGUUCAGCGACGGGCUGGAGGAUCGAGGCUUACUAGAAAGCAGCACCCGGCUGAAACCUCACGAAGCCCAGAACUACAGAAAGAAGGCAUUGUGGGUAUCCUGGUUCUCCAUUAUUGUCACACUGGCCCUUGCGGUGGCUGCCUUCACUGUCUCCGUUAUGAGGUACAGCGCCUCUGCUUUUGGGUUUGCAUUUGAUGCCAUCCUGGAUGUCCUGUCAUCGGCGAUUGUCCUGUGGCGUUAUAGCAACGCGGCUGCGGUACACUCUGCACAUAGAGAGUACAUAGCCUGUGUCAUCUUGGGGGUGAUAUUCCUUCUGUCCUCCAUAUGUAUAGUGGUCAAAGCCAUCCAUGACCUCUCAACGAGGCUGCUCCCAGAAGUGGAUGAUUUCCUGUUCAGUGUCUCCAUUUUAAGUGGGAUCCUUUGCAGCAUCCUGGCUGUGUUGAAGUUUAUGCUGGGAAAAGUUCUGACCAGCAGAGCGCUUAUAACAGAUGGGUUUAACUCCCUCGUGGGUGGUGUGAUGGGCUUCUCCAUUCUUCUGAGUGCGGAGGUGUUCAAGCACAAUGCGGCGGUCUGGUACCUGGAUGGCAGCAUAGGCGUGCUCAUCGGCCUCACCAUAUUUGCCUACGGGGUCAAGCUCCUCAUUGACAUGGUGCCCAGGGUGAGGCAGACACGUCACUACGAGAUGUUUGAGUGAAGGUGGCCCCAAGGGCCAGUGUGGGCUGCUGCUCAUGAAGACUGUCAGGACGACGAGAAGUUUCCACGUAGGCAGACGGUGCCAAUAUUUCACUGAACAUCAGUUUCUUUUUUGGAAGUUUUCUUUCAUACAGUGUGUCGUCACAGGACAAGGUCUGCCCAGUGGGUGGACCUGCCCUGCACCCUCACUCCGCUGCCCCAGUCAAACACAUUAGGACAAUGCCUGCAGGAGGGGACGCACUUUCCCAUCUCAACUCGGAACUGACAUUUUCUGUUUUCUGGAGUAAAACAGUUCCUGGGGUAGGAUAAGAUCUCUGCUUGGCAGCAUGCCCGUCUGUGGUGCUCUAAGCCUGAAACAGCGAGCAGGUUCCUCUCCUCUGGACUGUGGGUGGCCCCAGCCACCUCCUAGUUCCAAGGUUUCUUCUCUCCUGGCAGAUUUUAAGGGAAGACUGGGUCCUUUAGUCCCUCAUCCCCUUACGUAACCGGAACCAUCAGUAUCUCACUAAUUUCUAUCAGUGUGUUUCAUUAGUUUCAUACUGUUUUACUAAUCCUAAAUCUAAACAGAUUUGUUCUAAAGGAGACCAUUCUAUUUUUUAAAGUACUUAGUGACUUGACAUAUGUAUGAGCUUUGCAUGGACGAGCUAAAUAAGCACAUGACCCUUUCUCAUACACUCAGAACCUGCACAUCCAUGUGAAAACAGGAUCCAUUUUUGAGAGAUGUGAAACUAGUUUAUUUGUAAUAAAUAAUUAUAUAAUCUAUCCGUAUAUGCAUAUAUCUAUAUGCUGUGUCAAGUGGUAAUGGUACAUUACAGUCUGUGAGAGAUGGUUUACUCCUCUGUAAGGAACAAGGUGUUCUCUGUUUAUGUAACGUUAGGUAUAGGUUCUGUAGACUCGUUCCCCUCGCCCUGCAGCGUUCUGUACCUCUCACAGUACUGUCUGCCCAAUAAAGACCUUUACCUGUUUUGUAUGGCACAGUGAGGCAAUCUUUGAGAGUCAUCAUGCAACACCAACAAAAUUGGGGCUCGCCAUCAUGGGCAGGUUUUCCAUUGUAGCUGAAGGAUGAUGCGGGAGUGGUAGCUUUCUCUUCUGGGGGGUGGGGAGCAGAGACCUUGAAUUUUUGUUUUGGCCUCUCUAGGGCAGAGCCACCUGGACCACUGCAUAAUCACUUGCCUGGACCAGAGGGAUGGCUAGUUCCUGGGUCCUCCACCUCAGCCUUCAGUGCCCUUUCUCCCAUUGGGCUGGUAAAGGGAAGGUACAGGUUAAGUAUCCCUAAUCCAUGAAGCCUGGAAUCCUGAAUGCUCUGAAAUUCACAACACUUUGAGAGCCAGCACGAUGCCACAAGUAGAAAACUUCAUAUCUGACCUCAUGUGAUGGACUACAGUCAAAACAUAAGUACACUGAAUGUACUGUGCAAAAUUACCUUCAGGCUGUGGCUAAGAUGUGUAGGAAACAUUAAAUGAAUUUCAUGUUUAGACUUGAGUCCCACCCC